GCGAUGAUGUCAUUUUAAAAGUUAACCCACUCCCCCAGAACGAGUUGCUGAUUUCUUCAUAACAUUUCAUUUUUUCUGCUGAAGUUUCACUAACAGUCGUACGGAUUCUACCACUCAUAGGAAUAUAGGUAACCAACAGCUGUAGAGGGAAAACUUCUCCAUUCAGACGACGCGGGAUUUUAAUCGAGCUGCCCCGUGAAGCGGGCAAAAGUGUUAACUUUUAAAAAGAAAAAGCAAAAAUGAGUCGGAUUAUCCCUAAUAAAUCGCAAUCGCAGUCUUCGGUCGUGCAGUCUUUACGACAAUUGGAUUGCAAUGCCGUUGAAGUCAAAAGCAAGUAUGGGGCUGAGUUCCGCAGGUUCUCUGUGGAUCGUGUGAAGCCAGGCAAGUUUGAGGAGUUUUACAAGCUGAUCAUGCACAUCCACCGCAUCGCCAACAUGGAGGUGAUGAUCGGCUACGCGGACGUGCACGGAGACCUGUUGCCCAUCAACAACGACGACAACUUCUGCAAGGCAGUCACCUCUGCCCAUCCUCUUCUCAGGAUCUUCAUCCAGAGACAAGAGGAAGUUGACUACAGCAGCUUUGGUAGCAGCACGCUCACGCGCAAGAAGAAGGCUGUGGUGACGCUCCGCAACGACUUGAACAGAAAGCGUCCGCACAUCCGCAUCGGAAUGCCCCAGGACUUCCGACCCGUGUCCUCCAUCAUCGACGUGGACAUCCUGCCCGAAUCCCACCGCCGAGUCCGGCUCUAUCGCCAUGGAUCUGACAAGCCACUCGGCUUCUAUAUACGGGACGGGACCAGCGUUCGUGUUACACCCCAUGGCUUAGAGAAGGUUCCGGGCAUUUUCAUCUCACGGCUAGUACCAGGGGGGUUAGCGGAGAGUACGGGGCUGUUAGCGGUCAAUGAUGAGGUACUCGAGGUGAAUGGCAUUGAGGUGACCGGGAAGACACUGGAUCAGGUGACCGACAUGAUGAUCGCCAACAGCCACAACCUCAUCGUCACGGUGAAGCCGGUCAACCAGCGCAACAACGUCGUGCGUGCCAGCCGCAUAUCGGGCAGCUCGGGCCAGAGCUCGGACAGCAGCGCUGGCUCCUGUGGCUACCCCGCCCUGUUGCCCAGCAACCAUGCCACGUCCUCGCCCGUCCCUGGCGGUGCCCACAGCGGCUUUGUCGGCGACGACCUGGAGAGCGACGAGGAGUCCGACAUCGUUAUCGAGAGCAGCAUUAAAAGGCCAUCGCGGCGCUCCAACGCUUCCGUGGCCUCCACCAGUUCGCGUCUGCAGCCCCAGCUCCCUUACAUCCCACCCCACGUCAUACCGAACGCACCCCCCAGCCCCCCCACACGCCCCCCCUCCAUCAUCUCUACGGCAUCAUUCCACUCGCAGCCCAGCCUGAACGGCUCAGGCCCAGGCAGCUUGAGCUACCAGCUGCACAGAGACCUAAGCCUGCAAGGCCCCCACAUUACUCCCCAUUCCCACCACACCAGUACUCCUGGCCUCCGUCACAGCAAUGGCAGCCUGCACAAAAUCCUCAGCUCGCUCCGCACAGACCCACGCCACAGCCUUGCGCUUCCCAAAGGAGGAGUAGAGGAGGACGGCACAGUCAUCACACUGUAAUGCCCACAUCUCAGAUUGACUGUCAUUUUCUUUCUACUCUCUCUUUCCUGUUCUUUCUCUAUCGGUCUCUUUAUCUUUCUCUCUCUCUAUGUUUCACCCUCACACACAAGCAUCUAAUUGCCCAGAGACUGGUUGGAGUUGGAACAUCAUCAGGCUGGGAACUUUAAACCUUCUAAAUGCAAUGAUGUCAGAAAAAAAGUAUUUUUAUAUAAAAGGAAUAAUUUAACAGAUACUUAAUACAAUCAUGAAAUAGCAGCGUCUUCUCAAUGCUCGUUUUUUUUUUUUUGUCUUGUGUUGUAUUUGUUUUUUAUCCAUCACAGACAUAAGAGAUUAAAAGUGUUACAUGCCAGACCACUAAACAAGCACAGCAUUUUUUUAAAAAAAGAAAAAUCUCUCUCCCGCUCACUUUAAGCAAAUCUCAGUUAUCAUUUCAUUAACAGGACCAAAUUGGAGCUUUUGCAUCUUUUACGUUUUUUAUAUGUUUUAUUUCUGUUGGUUUGUGUAUCUAAGGACUGGACAGUCCACACAUAGAUUUACAAAACCAGAGACCAGAAUUAUCUGUAUUGAAUUAUUGUUUCCCCUUUGGGUCAGGUGGGUUACUGGCUACUCCACACUGUUCAAUUUAAUGUGCUUAACAUAUUCAGAAUUCUUUCUUUGGGAAAUGGUAUUGAGUCUUUUAACUCACACGUUUCUCACACGUUCAUAAUGUUCUGUCUGUGUUUUCACCCAAACGUUUUUAAAGUGCUGUCUCAGACUCAUGCAAGUAGAUCUUCUGAAAAGAUACACAUUUUUCAACACACUUGUGUGCUUUAAUGUCCGCAGAAAAUGUAAAUGUCCACACUGGUGCCCCAUCACUUCUCACACAUGUCACUGACUUGUCUGUUUGCACUUUACCACUCUCAACAGCAUAUGGGAUAAAAAUGCAUCACUAAUAACCACACAUAAGGGGUGAAGGGGUACUAAUUGGGAUUGGCGGUGUUGCACAGUGUCUGGUUUGUCAGUGGUAGUUUACGGCAGUAGCCUACUCUUUGUUUAUGUGUUAUAUUUUCCAUCUAAUUUAAUCAUGGGGAAAACGUCACAUGAAAGAGCAAGAGAUUUUCAUUUAGAAUGAUUUUCAGAACAAUUUAAAUACCUGUGUGUGAACAUACAGUAUCUUGCAAGACCAGUAUUUUCAAAAUGAGACCCAAGCCACAAAUACCUUGUGUCACCAGCUACUUGGUGGAUCCCUGGAGAUAUUUCACUAAGUUAACUUUAGUAUAUGAUCUUUGUUACCACUAGGGUUGCUCAGGACGGGUAAUCAUACUGCUUUUCAUAGAGAAGGUCUGCACCAUGUGAUGUGUUCUGGUGUAUUUUGUAAUAGCACCAUCUGCUGGGCAAAGGCAACAUUCUUGAGUGGCUCUGUCAACGUUGCUAGCUUUCAUCACAUGAUACACAAAUGCUAUGUUGUUAUUAUUUAUUGCAAAAAAUUCCUUUCAAUCUCUUACUGGAAUGUCAGGAUGUUGUCCAUUUCUGUUCGGUUUGUGUUCAUAUGCAUUUUUAAUUGUGAAUAAAUUGUUUCAAAAACUCUUC